AGGUUUUAUUUAUUGAUGAUUUCGUCCGCGUUGCCCACACUCGAACAAGUGGAGACAUCCGUGUGGUGCAUCGCUUUCCGUAACAUCGGCGUGGACAAAAGAAGGAUAGAAUACGACGGAUCCGUCUUCAUCGUCAACACAAUUAACAAGCAACAGGAAUACCGACGCCUUGUCGAGUUGCACUCUUUGAGAGCCUUUUUUUUCUUUGCAGACAGGCAGGUGAAUACGUUCCGCUGUACGGUAUCUAUAUAACGAAAGCAGUCCCCAGCAUACCCCCCCCCCACAAGACUCAUGGCUGGGUUGACGUUUAAAGUAGUCCUUCUAGGCGAAGGGCGGGUGGGCAAAACAUCGUUGAUCUCGCGCUACGUGAGCAACUCCUUCGACGACAAGGAGGCGAGCACCGUGCAGGCAAAUAUGUACAGCUCCAAGGCGGUGCCGAUCAACGACACAAACGGCGCACCGGGGUCUGUGAGCGAGGUGAACUUAGCUCUGUGGGACACGGCAGGGCAGGAGCGCUUCCACGCCCUCGCCCCAAUGUACUACCGCAACGCUGACGGCGCCAUCAUCGUUUACGACGUCACCGACGCCGACACGCUGCGGAAGGUACGCACAUGGGCCAAGGAACUCUACGCAGUGGUGGGAGAAGGAAACAUACAACUCGUGCUGUGCGGCAACAAGAUGGACACACCCGCCUCGGAGCAGGAGGUGGCGGAGGGGGAGGGGGCGUCCGUGGCGGCCGAGUUGGGCGCGUCGCACUUCUUCGCGAGCGCAAAGACGGGCCAAAACGUUGCGGAUGUCUUUAGUGCCAUGGCGACGCAGAUUCUGCGCAGUCGUGAAGCGGCGGGUCGGGGUGUGAGUGUCGGCAACAGCGGCGGUGGUGGUGGCCUCACCCCGGCACGGUCGCGUCCUCGCCGGGGAUUGAUGGUCGUGACGGAAGACGGCGAGGCGUUCGCGCCUGGUCGGGGCUCGCCGAACGAGGGCCGCAUCUACGGCGGUGUGGCGCCGCCCCGCGCCCACCGCUACGGCACAAACGGUGGAGGAAACCGAGGCCAACCCAUCACCUUCAACGAUGAGGAAGAUGGCGUUGCAGCGGCGAAUUCGGGUAGCAACGCCAGCGGUGGCUGUUGCUGA